CUUGCCGGUACGGAACUUAAUCCUGUCCGGUACAGAAUAUGACCCUAACCGGUCUUAAAUGGCCUAGCUAGCCAGACCCAGACCGGUAGGGGAAUACAAGGAGUAAAGAGCUGAAGCGGUCUGUAGACCAUCCAUCACUGAGCAGCCGCCACACUCAGCCUUUCAAAACAUCAUGGCCGCACGUUCUAGAAACACUCAAGAAAACUUUGACUUUACUGAAAAUGAAGUUUCUAAGAUUCAGAAAGCUCUGAAAGAUGAAACAUUUGUGAAACUACUCGCUGACUAUGCCAGGGAACUUAACGAUCCAAAAACCAAGGAACGUUACGAGGCUGAAAUUACGCAAUUAGAGAUCGAACGUGGAUUUAAUGUAACCUUCGUACAUCCUACACCCGGGUACGUUCUGAAGGUGGUAGAGGUUAACACCAAAAAGAAGGUCUUUGUCAACAUCUGUAGCGAGAAGCAGGUUGACAAACCCAUCAGUGAGGUUGGAAAUGAAGGGGGACAAACUGGUUUAAAAUGGUCUAUACCCUAUUCUCUCUCCCAACCUAGGGAAGAUAUUGAUAAUCAGGGCGCUCCGUGCACCGUCUUCGAUGUGAUAUUUCACCCUGACACCCUGUACCUGGCCUCUAAGGAUGGGAGGAUAAAGGAGUUGGUUCACGCCACGGCUCUCGAUGCGCUAAAAACCUCGUUUAACGUCAAUGUUGAUAGAUCUCAAGUUGUCUUUCCAAAACUUAAAUUUAAAGGAAUAUUUCGUCCAACUGUGAUAAGGAAACCUAUUCAACCGUCGGCCAUGGAAACCAUGACAAAGAUUGACGAAUCUAGUGAAAAAGAUGUUGUCUGUCCUAAAUAUAUCAUUCGUUACCGAUCCUGUUCAGAUAUCCAGGACCAUAUCAUCCUAUCUAAGGAUGAAGUUCUAUCUAGUCGGCCCAAGGAGCUUGUUGUUGAGGUUGAGCUACCCCUCCUCGACUCCGCUGCAGGAGUAGAUCUUGAUGUUCAGGAGCAGAGUUUAAGUUUAAAGAAAGAAACUAAACCUAAACAUUAUCUCCUGGUGACCCUACCCUACCCUAUAGAUGAAAAUCAAGGUACGGCUAAGUUUGACAAGUCUCGGAAGACUCUGAGCGUGAGCCUCCCCGUGAAGGUGGUGAAGGCGGAGAGGUUGAGCUCCAACGACAGCGGGAUAGGGUUGGACGAACACGGGUUUAGAAACAGAGACAGUGUCGAAUCCAUGGAGGAGGUUAAAAAAUCUCCAGUUUGUGAAAGUAGUACGGAAACUAGUUCUCAAGGUUCCGUACAGAAUUGUGAAGAUAGUGAAGGUUCUAUAGAAAACCCGCAGUUGAUAAACGAAUACAGGACUAACGUGAAAAGUGUUUUAGAUCAAACCAAAUCUUAUAUAUUUCCAAAUUUUACUCACUUUGUCCAAGACAAAGUAAUAAUGUUCACCUUAGAGGCUAAGAACGUGUCUCCCCAGUCUAUAGAGUAUUCAGCUGUACAGGAUAAACCUGCAGUACAGUUGAUGUUUACAAGUAUAGGUGCUGGACAAUUUCCAGUUUAUUUUGCAUUUUAUCUCGAGUUUAAGAGCACAUCGGAUUCAACCUCGUUCAACCUUGAGGAUCUCGAGGUUGAGUGCUGGGAUAACAAUAUUGUUCUCCAGGUCCCCUACUCCAAGGGGUUGAGUGUGUUCAGGGUAGGGUUGGCGCAGGAAGAGAUAAAGGAGAAGGAAUAUGUGCUUGAGAAAACUGGAAUGACAGAACUUAAUCUUAGAGAUGAGGAUUUAUUGAGUAAAACUAAGAAGCCUAAAUACCUGCAUGAAAAGCACCCUAAGAAGAUGAUGAAGAAGGAGGAGAAGGUUGAGGACGAGGAUGAGGAUGAGAAGAGGAUGGAUGAAGGACCAAGCUCCGGAGAGAGUUUAGACUCAAGCUUCUCUUUAUCUCCUAUGGAUAGAAUAAGACUGGAUGAUACAGCUGCUAAGACUGAAGAGAGUGAAGACGAGGAAAUGAACAGUUUUCGUCAAUCUAUAUCUGAGACUGACCCGGGGAAGAGUGAAGGAGUGUCUGCUCUACCCCCUCGGGGUAUCCUUAAACGAAGACGGGUUCAGCUAGUUCCUGGAACUAGGUUCCGCUGCUACUCGGAGUCUACAGCGUCAGACCAGGACUGGGUUGCCCGGCGCUUGGGUUCCCCUGGAGCUAAGCUGGUGGAGGAGAAGGGAGUUCUGCGCAGGAAAACUGUGAGGUUUAGUGAGAAGGUUCAUCAGCAAUUAUACAGGAUAAACUCCACUAUAGUUGCGAAAACUGCCAAGAACAAGAAAAAAGCAGAGAAGAAGAGAAGAGCAGUGGAGAGAAGAAUGAGUGAAGGAGACUCUAUGGAGCCCCUGGAACAUUCAAACCUCCAUACAUCCUCCAGUCUCGACUCCAGGUGGAUGGAGGAGGCUCACGAGGACAGCGGACUCGCGUCAUCCUUCGAGGAGACCGUUGUUAUACAGAGCGAAACCGGAAAAAAUGUCAAGGUUAAAACUAAACGUAGAACAAAGAAAAGAUGUAAAAACUUCGAAAUGUCAAGCGAUCUAAUCUUUGAUCUUGAUAUUUGAUAAAUCAAGAUUAUGCAUUGAACAUGAGAAACAACAUUAGUCAAGGUAUCAUCAAUCAGUCCCCCCUGUAGUUACCAAUAUAAUAUUUGCUUCAGGAAUUUUAUCUUCCAAUUCUUGUAUUUUAAAUUUGUUUUAGAAUUUAUUUUCAUUAAGAUU